AUGGGGGGCGGUCGGCGCGCAGGGGGCGGGGCAGAGGCGCUGCGAGGCGCGGACGGACCGGACCGCUGCGCUCGGCUCUGCACCGCCCGAACGGCAAUCAUGAGUGAUCGAAAGGCAGUGAUCAAAAAUGCGGACAUGUCGGAAGAGAUGCAGCAAGACUCGGUGGAGUGUGCAACUCAAGCCUUGGAGAAAUACAACAUUGAGAAGGACAUUGCUGCUCACAUAAAGAAGGAAUUUGACAAGAAAUACAAUCCCACGUGGCACUGCAUUGUGGGAAGGAACUUUGGCAGCUAUGUGACUCAUGAGACCAAGCACUUCAUCUACUUCUACCUCGGCCAAGUCGCUAUUCUUCUUUUCAAGUCUGGCUAGAACCAUGGACUGUUUCUGAAACUUGUACCUGGGUACAGGACUGCAUACUGAUUCCCACCUUCAGCCUUCCUGGGAAAACACAUCUUGAUCUUCAGGUGUUUUGUUGUAUUGUUAAUGGUCAGGGAUUUUGCUGUAGCGCCUGGUAUUUUCAUUGUGGCUAUAUAGAAAAGCAAAAAUGUCUUCCUUGUAUUUAUUUUCUUUCAGAAGAUGGCUUCUUUGCUAAUAAAACCGUUGGAACAAGUUUA